AUGGCUAUGUUACCAGAGGCUAAGGUGUAUUUGAUCGCGAAUUCGGUAUUGGUGUUUGUUACGUUGUUGGUGGUUGCCCUUCGAGUUGUCUCCCGUGUUUUGGCCGGCUCAAAACUUGGUUGGGAUGACUACUUUACUUUGUUGGCCGUGCCCCAGGGCAUUGUCAUGUUAGUGUUACAAGGACUUUGGACUGCUGCAGGUCUUGGCUACGAGUUGGCGGAAAUUGGUGAUAACUGGACCUUUGUAGACUCGCUUUUCCUUCCCUUCGAAACCAUCUUUGGCGUCGUCAGCCUGACGACGAAACUUAGCGUUCUCUUUUUCUACCUUCGAGUGUUCACAAGUCGACCUAUGCGCAUCGCGACUCGAUUGACCUUCGUCAUCGUCAUUCUUUGGGGCAUCGGAAAUGUCCUCCAGACCGUCCUCGUCUGCCACCUCACGGACGGAAAAUGGCACGCCACGAACAAAGAUAUCUGCCGCGAUCACGAAGCUAGCAUUCUAUCGACCGGGCUUUUCAACUGCAUCAGCAACACCAUAAUCAUGGUCGUCCCACUGUACACGAUUUGGACGCUGCGAAAGGUCAGCGUCUCGACACGAUGGGGCCUCAGCGCGGUAUUUUUGUUGAAUCUUAUCGCAAUCAUCGCGUCUGUAGUGAGACUCAUCAUCAUGAUGGAUGUCCACAGCCUUUCGCAAGUCAUGAGAAACCUGGCCGUUACGACUUUCUUGACUGUCCUCGAGACCCACUUGACGAUCUUGUGCAACAGUCUUCCAAUGCUUCUGCCAUUGUGGGCGUUUUGGAAACACCGACGAUUCGAGACGGACGAGUAUGUAUCGAGACUGGGCGGUUCGACCCAAUCGGGCAAGCAUGACCAUCUGGUGGAAGAUCUUACGAACGGCAUACCACUCGAAACCAUGUACGGCAGCAACAUCACCCACUUCACGACAACGGUUGGAACUGGGGGCAUGAGAAGGGGUUCAGGAAAUGACGGCGACUCUGAUGUCUCGGAAACGGAGUCUACCCAAAGGCUUCCGAGGAAUGCGCAAGCUAUCACGAUUGAGACAAAAUGGUCUAUCAAGGAGGAGACGACGAAGUAG